UACGUUGUAUAUCUGUGUGAGUGUGUGUGUAAAACUUUUCAGAUAUGACAGUUUGUGAUGUUUCUGUAAACAAAAGUUACUCAUUUUCUUCUAAUAUAAUCAACUCAUGUUUAUUAAAUGAUAUUGUAAAGUGAUUAGAGAGUGCACUUUAAUAUUUAAAAACUCGUAAACUAUUAAACUAAUGUGGAACUAUUCGUGACAGAUGUAAAGUUUAGUUGUCCACUAUGUGACACGGAAAUCAACUAUAUUGUGUAGUAACUUUAUUAUAUCUUCAAAGUGUCUUACUUAUCAAGUUCUCACUCAUUUAUAAAUAUUGAAUUUCAUUUUUAGACAUUUAUAGCUUCAUAAAACGUUUAUUUUGUUCCCAAUAAUUUGUGUUUACGAUUCAGUGUUGAGUUUCUAACUUAGUAUUAUGUGUUAUUAGGUUAGUUUAUUAUGAUACUUGUAAAUAGCAUUGACAUGAUAUUUUUGUUGGACAGUUGAUUGUAUUGUUUGAAUUAUGCAUCCUGUUCGUAGACGUAAAAAGCGCCCCAAUUAUGGGGUUAGAACAGUUGAAGUUAGUAGAGGAGACAAUGGGUUUGGUUUCACCAUAUCUGGACAACAGCCAUGUAUACUUAGCUGCAUUGUACCCGGAAGUCCGGCAGAAAGUGCUGGUCUUCGAGCUGGCGAUUACUUAGUCGCAGUAGGCGGAAAAAGUGUCAGUAAAGUACUUCAUGACGAUGUUGUUCGUCUCAUAGCAUCUUCGUCUGGAGUACUCAAACUUCAAAUAGCCGAGAGUUACUAUUCAGAUAGUUCAGAUGACGAUGUUUUAGUUACCGCUAGACAAAAACCAAAGUAUCCUCACAAGUUGAGGAGCAAUGUUCAGAAUGCAAGAACAAACGGCACACAGCAAGGAAGGGCCGCCAAAGUGGUGCGAGAUUUGCGCUCCGGUGCUAUGUUUGUGGAACCAGCCGCCUUGGAUCUUGCCUCACCAGUUGCCUCAACGGCCAAAGCCUCCAAAGGACCCGAAAGUCCUCAGUGGAAAGUACCUCAUCUACCUCCUCCUCUACCACGCCUCUAUGUCGAAUGGCCCCCAAGAUCCGCCAGUCGACUGCCAGAAGCUGAAGUUGAAGAACACGAAAUCUUAGAAGCUGUUGUGGGAUAUUUGGGAACAAUUGAGAUGCCUCGGAAAAUUCCGCCUGGAUCAAGAUUGCAGAUCGUUAGAGGAUGCAUAAAGAGACUGCGAGCAGAGAAGCGUUCGCACACAGCAGUGCUUAUGGCGGUGCUGACAAGGAGUUUGCGGCUGACGAACCCAGCUGGCCAGGUGCUAGCUGUCUACCCGGCCGACAGAGUAGCCUUCUGUGGCGUCAGCUCUGACGAAGACCGACGUCACUUCGGUGUGGUGACCACGUCAGCCAGUGAGGAUCCAUCCAACUCGUGUCAUGUUUUUGUAAUUGAUUCGAGGUUGCAUGCAGACCAUCAGCAGAAAGCGCAACUGUUCAAGAUAGAUUGCGAGGUGGAUGCGGUGACAGGACACUGUCGUCAGUUUCCGGUGAAUUCGGAUGGGGUGGUGGCGGCCGUGAGGAGUUAUUACGAGAGUGGCAACGAUGUAGUGGAUGAACCAGUGAUGGCCGAUUCGCCGCAGCCUAGUAAUGACUCGACAACGACUACUAGUAACAGUGACUCGGGCAUAGGGUUCCGGGAUGACUGUGGCAACCAGUUAGACAGGAUACUGGUGGUGGACGUGCAGAACCAGAGACUGCACAUUCAGCAGAUUGGGGAUUGUGAGGAGCGGCUGGCUGUUCGUGCCAUGCCUGACGCACAUUCGGCGAGCAACCGCAGUCGGUCACCGCUCAGUUCGAGCAAUUCGGAUUGUGCCGGCGUCGCCAGAGAGGAGAACAUGAGUGUGAGCAGUGGUGCCAAGAGUCCUCACCAAGUCCACUCCACAGACGACAUGAGUGUGUCCAGUCUCUACAACAAGCUCAGCCCGAAGGUGUUCAAUGUGGCACCGCCGCCAACCUCGCAGAGCCUCGAGGACCUGAAGGUGGGAGAGGAGGCGGCUGAGAGUAGUCCCUCCAGUCUCGCCAGGACGCAGCAGCAUUGGGGAAGUCUCCAGGAACUCAGGAGUUUUGUGUCCGACUGUUUCGAGUCGACUGCUACCACCGAGCGACUGGAAGACACUCGGCAGGAUGGUGUAUCAUGUUGGGCGACAUCAUUCGAGAAACUGCUUGAGGAUCCAGACGGUCUGCAUGCCUUUGCCGAAUUUCUGAAGAAAGAAAUCAGCCAUGAGAACAUCUACUUCUGGGUGGCGUGCGAACGGUAUCGCUCGGUGGAGGACGAUGAAGAGAGACAGCGGCUGGCGAGGGAGAUAUUCGACAAGCACUUGUGCCUGGGUGCACCUGAGCCGGUCAACGUGGACUCGCAUGCCCGCCAGGUCACACAGGAACAGCUGGGCGCCGCCCAUCCACAUCUCUUUCUACAGGCUCAGAAGCAGAUAUUCAACCUUAUGAAGUUCGACAGCUAUCCACGAUUCAUCAAAUCCGACCUCUAUCAGGAAUGUUCAUUGAGAGAGACAACAGGAGAGAAACUUCCGUUUCAUGGGAAAAUUGAUGCCGCCUUGGAACUCCACCACAGUAAUCAUUCUAAGUCAUCUAGCAAUAGUUCACCGCAGCAAUUGCAUACAAAGUUGAAAAAGAGCCGCAGUGACGCUGAGGAGCGCUCGCGACGCAAAUCGUUCAAACCAUGGUCGCGCAAGUCGCGAUGCAAGUCGCGCGACCGAGUCGCUGGGGCGGCGACGGCAACAGGCGAUGACGUGGAUGCAGAGUCGUCGGUGUCGCUGAGCAGUCGCCGCAGCAGUCGCUCGUCGCUCGCCAGCUGGGACCUGGCGCUGAACAGCGGCUCGCUGUGUCGCGUCGUGUUGCCUGACGGCGCGACUACAGUCGUGCAGAUUCGGCCGCCGCAGACUGUUCGCCAGCUGGUGCAGCGGCUGCUGGAGAAGCGUGCGCUUGGCUAUGCGCACUUCCAGGUCUUUCUGGCGCACUCUGACAAGCCAUUAAUAUUGGAUGAAGAUGCGACAACAUUGGGUGGUCAAGAAGUGCGGGUGGAAAACCUGAUUGUCUUUCAACUUGAUCUUCCUAAUAGAAAAACCGUCAAAGUCAAGUCAAAAGUCAACGAGUCUCUAGCUCAAGUACUGAGGCCAAUACUACAAAAAUAUAAUUAUAGAUUAGAAAUGGUCACGUUGUGCUUGAUGAGCGAAAACGAGGUUGUGGAACCAAGUGUGUCUGUAGUUACUGUAGAUAACCAACGGCUUCAGGUUUUAACACGGAGUACACCAACCGAAUGCUGGCACGCUAGUGAAUGUGGACCACCGCCGUCGCAUGGCAAAGUGAAGUCGGCCGCCACACUGGACGAGAUCACAAACCGUGUUUUCGAGGAGCUGCUCCAAGGCAAGUCGGAAGGCACCACUCGACGGACGGCCUCUGACCAAGGCUCGCUAAGGUCGGAAGAUUGGGGUUCAGAGAACUCGUCGGGACUUGUAAGUAGGUUCUUGAGGAGGGACUCGGCUUUUCUCGAGAGAGGAAGGGACUUCAGGCACCGAAGUAAAAAGGCUGCCAAGCAUCACCCGAACAGCAAUGCCUCUUCCUCCGCCGCCGCCAGAGAUGAGGGCAGCUCGGGAGGGGGAGUGGGAGGGGGAACUCCAGCUGCUCCCACCACCACCACCUCCACCACCACCAAUGCAACCGGAACCGGAAGUGCCAGCGACAAGAAGCCAGUGCUCACCAAGCUCCCGCCAAUCAUUGCCAAGCUGAAGCCGGGCAACAAAGUUGAAGGCAAAUCUGAAAGUGAAGAACUGCCCGAUUUCUUAAAGGACAAAGAGAAUGCGCCACAAUCCGGCAAGAAGUUUCGAAAGUUACGACGCGAUGGAGGGGCGGAGUCAAUCGGCAACUCCAAGUUCUACCCGGACUCAACCGAGGAGACUAGGAGCGGACUGAGCUACCACAACGAGAACGCGCCAACAACGCCGGGCCUUAUGUCACGUCUCAGUCAACUAGAGCAGAGCUUCUCGGCGGACGGCAUUAUACCAGAUCCGGACCAAGCGCAGGACUACUUCAUGGGUCGCAAGGCGACCGCGACUCCAGUCGCGCAGCUGACAGCGACUCCAGUUGCACAGCCGAUACGCGGCACGCGUGCGGCGCGUGGCGACGACCCUCCUCCACCCCUGCCACCGAAGCCUAAGUUGCCCCCUCCACCGCCCACCUCAUCGUGGCCGCUCGACCGAAACGACACGAAGUUGCGCAACUGUCGGGUGCGAAGAACUGUCUACCUCGAUCAGCCCAGUAGUAGUUUUGUGUGAGUGCAAGUGAGAAUGCUUCUGGCUAUUAAUUAUGUCCAUUUUCAUCUAUUUUAUGCUUUUCAAAUUCAUUUAUCCUCAUAAAUUACAAAAGAAAUCAAUAAACUUAACAAUAUACACUGCAAUAAUGAAAUAAUUCAACAGAUUGAAACAUAAGCAACUACUUCCCCAUCUUAUGCUUUUCAAAUUCAUUUAUCCCUCAUAAAUUACAAAAUAAAUCAAUAAACUUGCCAAUAUACACGGCAAUAAUGAAAUUAUUCAACAAAAUGAAACAUUAGGAACUACUCCCCCAAAAUAGAUACUCUGCAAUAAAGAAAUUAUUAAGCACAUUAAAACUACCUACCCAAAAGGGCAAGCUCGAGUUUUGGACACUACCUCCGUAAACAAAGCCAUAGUGCAUGACAGGUGGUUGAUGGUAACGUCAGCACAGGUAGGGCUCCUACACCAAUAAAAACACUAGCUGAUAUAGAUCAGCUGAAAUCAACGAAUUUUUAUUGGUGUAGGAGCAAUACCUAUGUUUUUUUUAAUAUUUCGUCUUGGAGACUCCAGGAGGGAGAAUAAGACAAGUCAUUCUUAUGAAUACUCAAUUCCAUACAGUACAACAGAACAGUCAAAGUGUAUAAAUCACCAAUCCAUACGGAAUAGUCAAGUGAACAUAUAAGUCGAUAAAAUCGUGCUGACGUCACACGAAUGCACUACGGCUUUGUUUACGGAGGUAGUGGUUUUUGGGAAGGAGCCAACCGAACUUCGGCUAGCUAUGCAAUAGCCUAUAGGCUAGGCAAGCCUAGCUAGCAAUUACUAUCUAAAGCGGGCCAUUUACUAUCCGACAGUUUGUUCCAAUUACUUUAGCCAACAACUUUGUAUCUUUCAUCACUCUCACUCCAGUUAAACCUCCCCACCCACGUUCCAAAUCGAGCCUGUAUAUGCGGCUAACCUUGCGUGGUCGGCCAAGACAGUUGAACAGUUCACCAGACUUCCGACAGCACUCGCCUCGCCCACAACAACCCCAUUCACGUUCCGACGUCGAAUUGAAGGACCUUAAGUCGGACAAAAUAUCGGAUGGUGAAUGGUCCGCUUAAUAGCCCGAGUCCACACGUACAAACUUGAAAUCAAUCUUGCAUGAUCAUGCCAAGUCUCACAGAUAGACUUGAUUGGAUGGUUGUGUCCACACAAUUUGAGGACCGAAUUCACCAAAACGAAAACUUGGUUUGAGCGCCAGUUGAUUCUAAAUGAACAAACAAUCGUACCACAAAACCAAUUUGAAAUCAUCUGACUUAGAACCAACUGGCGCUCAAACCUAGUUUUCGUUUUUAGUGAAUUUGGGCCUAAGUAAGUUUGAAUGAAACAUCUGUUCUAUACGGAUAAGAUUUCAUAGUGGCUCAGUCCAUCAAUCUCAUCGAGAUGGAGUAUAUCUUGAUAUCAAUAAUUAUUAUCAAUUAUUCUACUCUACUCUACCAAGAGUAUAUCUUGAUAUCAAUAAUUAUUAUCAAUUAUUCUACUUGAUAUCAAUGAUCAGUCUUCUCCUGUUUUGUUACUAUCAAGUUUAAGCUGUGUUCCCAAUUAUCAAUUCGAUUACAUAUCACAUAUCGAGUCGGCGCUAUGAUCAGUUGAUUAUACUUUGGCCACCCCACGACACCAUACUCCGGGUGAAGCACUUGACAAUUCCCCAGUCAAUCUCAAGUAUUAUGGAAAUGAUUAUUAAAUCAUUCAAAAUAUAUUCUUUUGGGGGAUAAUAUAAUUGAUCGUUUUAAACAAGAAUGCACAGUUUAUAUUACAUCAGACUGUGGCUAUGAAUGAACUAAACUAUUAGUAUCAGUGAAAAUAUAAUACCCGAGAGUUCUAAUUGGACUGUUCCCGCUCAGCACGACCGAGCAGAUAUGAAUAAUCCCUUUGGAACCUAUGGAAAUUCUAACAUUUUUACUGAUACUUAUAUGUGGGAAUCCAGCUUAAACUUGAUUAUACUCAUGCUUACUUCCUACUGUCCACACGUACACACUUAUUCAUCAAAUCUAGCAUGAUCAUGCAAGACUGGCGAUAAGUACGAUUAAUUUUCACUUUUAUCAAAUAGUUAAUAUCAAACAAUUUUUAUUAUAUUGUAUCAUGUAGGUAUAUUGUGUGAGAAUAGAAAAUAAAUUUGAUUUGAAGUUUCCAUUUAUAAUGAUUCUAUUUUCUCGUUGUAGACUGAAGUAUUCUCAUGUGUGUAAAUUAAGAUUUAUUGUUAUUGCUCAGUAUUAUUCCGUUGGAGUGCUUAUGUGAAAAUGCUUUGAGAGAGAAAUAUGAUAAUGUAAUGUAUUGUCAUCAUAUUAUAGUGCAGCUUUAGAGUGUAGAAAAAGACAGGGUUGGUUUUAUUUGUACAAAAAUAACAUUAAUUUAUUAUUGAAAAUAUUAUACAUUCCAGAUUGUAGAACGCAUUUCCUUAGGAAACCAAAUAGAUUUUAAAUUGAAAUAAAUAAUAGUUCUAUUUAAUUAUAGAACGGUUUUUUGUACAGCAUCUACUAUGUAAGUAUUGAUUGUUUAUAGUUUUAUAACUUAUAUUAGUUCCAUGUGCCUAUUUACAAGACAGAAGUUUCUAUUAAUGUUAUCCAUGACAUACUACAAUAAUAUGUACAUAACAUUAUUUUAAUCUAUACAACAUUAUUUUGAAGUAUAUGUACAUACAACAAAUUGAAAAGUUUUCAAAUGUUAGUUUUAAUGAAUAUUAAAAUUGAAUUGUAUACUCUACUAUACAAUAAUAUUUAGAAAAGUUAGAAAGUGUACCUGUAAAAAACGUUACAGGCGUGAUAAUUAUAAAAAUCAUGAGUUAUGUCGUUAAAAUUUCAACUGUUUACAGUUAUAUACUUGCCAUUUUUGCCUUACUAAUAGUCUAGUUAUGUAUAUAGUUUAUAUUUGAAAAUUGUUUUAUUGUAAAUGAAUAUAGAUGAUAUAUUAUUUUAUUGAGAAAUCGUAAUGAACUUGAAAAAAUAUAUUGAAUUUUCUCAUGGAAUGUGAGGUUGUUAGAUUAAUGAUAAACGUUUCCAGCCAAUCAUGUAAAAAUGUGAGGAUUAUGAUGGGUGUUUGAUUAUUUAUCUAUUUUAUAUACAAUAAAAUAAUAUAAAGAAUUUUUUAAAUAA